AUGGUCGACAUAUUUGCCGAUCCAUCAUUGGAUAUUAAUUAUUGGCCUCGUUUUCUCAUGCAAGUAUUUAUUAUUCUUGUACUUGUUCGCCUUAUGGGAUGGUUACUUGCAUUGAUAAAACAACCACCAGUUAUUGGUGAGAUUAUUGCUGGAAUAAUCGUUGGUCCUUCAGUAUUAGGCAAGAUUGAUUUUUGGUCAGAACGUAUAUUUCCUCCAUCAUCAUGGAACUAUUUUACAUUAGUCGGUAAUAUUGGUCUGAUUUUAUUUAUGUUCAAUUUAGGCUUAGAGCUUGAACAGAAACAAAUUAAACGUCAAUGGAAAUAUUCUCUUCCAAUAUCUAUUGCUACAAUUAUUAUACCGUAUGGAGCUGGUGCAGCUCUUUCGUUCUAUUUAUAUGAUAUUAAUACUCGAGAUGGAUUUCAACCGCCUGAUCGAACUGCAUUCGUUCUAUUUGUAGCAUCAAGUAUGUCAUUUACUGCUUUUCCUGUACUUGCAUCUAUACUUACAUCGACUAAACUUUUAUCGGCUCCAAUUGGUACUCUAACAAUAAGUUGUGCAGCAUUGGAUGAUGUUAUGGCUUGGUGUUCAUUGGCUAUUGCUGGUGCAUUUGCUAAAGAAUCAGGUAUUGUUGGUUUAUGGGUAGUAUUAAUUUCCAUUGGUUAUGUUCUAUUUAUGUUUAUUAUUGUUCGAUGGAUCAUUAAACGAAUACAUACAUUUUUAGUUGAACGUAAUAUGGAAAUGAAUCGUACAUUUCUUAUUGGUAUAUUUCUACUUCUUAUUGCAUCAGCAUUUUUUUGUGAUAUACUUGGUAUACAUUCAUUUUUUGGUGCAUUUGUUGUUGGUAUUAUAUGUCCAAAAUCAGGACAAUUUAAUGUUGAAUUAUUUCCAAAAAUAGAAUUAGUUACUGUUGAAUUAUUAUUACCAUUAUUUUUUGCUGCCAGUGGUAUGAAAACAAGUUUAGGUUCAUUAAAUAAUAAAUUUUAUGGGGGUAUAACUGUACUUAUUUUUACUAUUGCUGCAUUAGGAAAAUUUUUACCAGCAUUAUUUAUGACUAAAAUAGUUACAAAACAUUCAUGGAGAUUUUCCUCAAGUGUUGGUAUAUUAAUGAAUACACGAGGUUUAGUUGAACUUAUUGCAUUAAAUAUUGGUCUUCAACUUCAUAUUCUUUCACCUCGUCUCUUUACUAUGUUUAUUAUAAUGGCACUUGUAACAACAUUUAUGACAUGUCCAUUACUUUGGUUGGUCUAUAUUCGAAAAUAUAAACCUGAAGAAUUUCAUGAUGAAACAAACGACACUGAACAAGUUGUUUCUGAAGAUUAUGAUCUUCACAAAGUACCAACAGCACCGAUUUUUCUGAGAUUUUAA